AGAGGUGAGAUGGAGGGGGGGAGGUUAGAACGCUACUUCGAGUCUUCGACUCCUGAUUGGCCGCGUCCCCUGGAAUCAGGCGACAUUCUUCCGGGAAAAGCAAGAACAAAACAUCACCCCCUUUCUUCGCGGGAGGGAAAGGUCGCCUCUCCCUCAACGCGCCUUGUCUUAAAGUUGGCCCUUCGGAGUACCGCGACCCCCCCCUUUCCUAUUCAGUCUUGGUAUCUCCCGAUGCAGGACACCUUCCCCUCCUCUUUGCCCGGUUCCUCCAACCCCGCCAGAGCGCUUAAGCGGGUAACCAGAUAUUCAAAAACAAUACGUCAGCCCACAAUGCCCUGCACGGAGCCCAGGCAUUACCUCAUCCCACAAUGCCUUGCGAAAAGAGGCUGAGAAACUUCUUGGGGUGGGGUGGCCAUGGAGAUGGGCGCCGUUGCAACAGGCUGGCCCAACCGCCCUCCUCCCCCUGAGAGGCGGCGGCAGCCAAUGGGAAGGCCCCGGGGUGACAUCAUGGGCUAUUUUUAGUGGGUUACUGCUCGCUGAUAAGUGUUGGGCUCCACGCUGGGAAAGAGCUCAGAGUGGGAUUGAGUGGCGGCAGGAGAAGCGACGGCGGCAGCGCUCCCGUCCGGCAAGAGAAGAACCCCAGUGGCAACAGCAGGGCCAGUUUCAGCUCCAGACGCAAGCAGGGCCCGGGGGGCUGUUGCUGAGAACUGACGCUCAGAGGCAGAGCCGGCUCUCCCUUGUUACAAAGUCGGGUCGGGGUUGCUGCUGCGGUCCCGCUGCCGGAGCGCGAAGGCUGAACUUGCCCGGGCGUCCCCUCCCUUGGAGCGCCGAGCGCCUGCCUCCUGGACCGCUUCAGCUCUUCUCUUCUGUAUCCUGAAGUUGCCGAGCGUGGGAAUCUCCUCCUCCUCCACCCCACCCCCCAGCCACACUGAAGCAAGAAGCGGGGUGAUCUACUUGUGGCAACUUUUUUUUCUUUGCUUUUCUGGCUGGGACUGAGGUGACCCGCUUUUGACAGCCGCUGCGGAAAGGAGAGGACUCAGACAAGUGGGUUUGAAACUCGGAAACGCUCCAGACCGACCCAGGACACUCCCACGGGGAGCGCGAAGGAGGGAGAACAGAAAAAGGACUCAGAAAGUUUCUGGACUCCAUCCUUGCUCGGAGCGAUAAAGAGGCCCCUGAAGGUGUCAACAGCAUAACCUCGUGGAUUCCUUGGGCUGAGAAGGGAUUCUGCAUUUGAAAAACAAGUUUUAUUUGGGUCUUCCCCCAUCCCCUCCCAAGACUCACAGUUGGGAACUGGUGUGCAUGCUGGGUCUUUGAGGUGAAACCGUGUUGAACCUGAUUUUUUUCUAGCCAAGCUGGGGGAGAAAACUGGGGACCCAAGCCAAUGCCUUGUUGCAAAAAAGUAAGACUUUAAUUGAUCACUUUUGAACUGUGUUUUCAUUGUUGAAAGAGUAUUAGUGUUAUAAGAAUUGUUCCUAUUUAAUAACUGUUACAGCUGUGAACUUCUUUAAGACAUAACAAGCCAGCUUCCUUUCCUAGGUCUGUUUUUUGGGCUAUAGGUGAACAAACUUGUGGACUGUAUUCUAUGACUGCAAAGAUGGAACCUACAUUCUAUGAUGAUGCCAUAAAUGCUACCUUUGUGCAGCCAGAAAGUGGUACUUAUGGAUAUAAUAACCCCAAGGUUCUGAAGCAGAACAUGACGCUCAAUCUGGCUGACCCUUCCAGUAACCUCAAGCCCCACUUGAGGAACAAGAAUGCUGAUAUCCUGACCUCUCCAGAUGUAGGCCUCCUCAAGCUGGCUUCUCCUGAACUAGAAAGGCUGAUCAUUCAGUCAGGCAAUGGACUGAUCACCACCACUCCAACCCCAACCCAGUUCCUCUGUCCCAAAAAUGUUACCGAUGAGCAAGAAGGCUUUGCUGAAGGCUUUGUCAGGGCACUAGCAGAGCUACACAAUCAAAACACCAUGCCAAGUGUUACCUCUGCUGCUCAACCUACGAACUCAGGCAUGGCCCCUGUCUCUUCCAUGGCUGGAAACAGUGGCUUCAGUGCCAGCUUGCACAGUGAGCCACCCGUCUAUGCUAACCUCAGUAAUUUCAAUCCUGGUGCACUCAAUACAGUGCCUUCCUACAAUGCAAAUAACCUGGGCUUUCCUUCGCAACAUCAUCUGAACCCCCAGAUGCCAGUGCAGCAUCCACGCCUCCAAGCUCUGAAGGAAGAGCCUCAGACUGUCCCAGAAAUGCCUGGAGAGACUCCUCCCCUGUCCCCUAUUGACAUGGAAUCCCAGGAAAGGAUCAAGGCAGAGAGGAAGCGCAUGAGAAACCGAAUUGCAGCCUCCAAGUGCCGGAAAAGGAAGUUGGAGCGAAUUGCCAGGUUGGAAGAAAAGGUAAAAACUUUGAAAGCCCAGAACUCAGAACUAGCGUCUACUGCCAACAUGCUGCGAGAGCAGGUUGCACAGCUGAAGCAGAAGGUCAUGAAUCACGUCAAUAGUGGAUGCCAGCUAAUGCUCACACAGCAGUUGCAAACUUUUUGAAAAGACUGAAACAUAACUUUAUGAUGGGGAGAAAUUAAGGAGAGGAAAGAGUUUGGGAGGCAGAACACUCACUUGUGGGUGGAAAGAAGAGGCUGAAAGGCAUUGAUCCUGAAGACUGCCUCCCCCGAGUCAAAUGCAUGUGUGGAGAGACUGGUGUGCCUUCUGGAUGAGGUGGUGGCAUAUCAGUUGACAGAACAGCUCAGCAAAAUAGCUGAGCUGCUCCAGCUCAGAUAAGGCAUGGAUGCCUUGUGUUUUUCUUUUUCUCUCUCUCUUUUUUUUUUUUUUAACAUUGACCAAGACUUGCAUGGACCUAACAUUAAAUGAUCAUUCAGUAUUAAAGGUUAAACUGCAGUAGAUACUGUAGAUGGCUUUCUCUUAGUACUCCUUUUUUUAAAAAACAAAAAUGGGGAGGGAGUUUUUGGGAGGCUAACAACAGAAACUGAGCUAUACUGCCUGUCUGAGUUGUGUAUGUACAUAUAUAUUUUUAUUUUAUGAAACUGAUUAAUGUCAAGUAAAACUACUUCAUGACUUUGUAAGUUAUUUUUUAUGUUCAUUUGGGUUCCACCCAGUAUUGUUUGUAAAUAAGAGAUUUUUUAGCAACUUUUGAGUUUUUUCCAUUUGUAAUAAAGUAUAUAAUUUUU